AAUGGUCUCCACCAGUAUAUAUUUGAGUUUAAAUGGUCUCCACCAGGUUAUAUCGACAAAAUGCUUUGUUUAUUUUUGCGGCAAGCUAGAAUUUCUGGUAGUAUUAUUUCUAAAAAUAUCCAAAAGAUUCCAAAAAGAACACCAUUUCGACUGUUGCAAACAACGACGAUUAACAGACAUGGAGAAUAUGAAUGGCAAGAUCCUAAGUCAGCAGAUGAAAUUGUACGAGUUACCUAUGUCGAUAAAAAUGGCAAACGAACUGAGGUAAAGGGUAAAAUUGGUGAUAAUGUUUUAUAUUUGGCUCAUCGUUACGAAAUUGAAAUGGAGGGUGCUUGUGAAGCUUCUUUAGCAUGUACCACAUGCCAUGUUUAUGUACAUGAUGACUAUCUAGACAAAUUGCCGGAGGCCGAAGAAAAAGAAGAUGAUUUAUUAGACAUGGCACCGUUUCUUAAAGAAAAUUCUCGUUUAGGCUGUCAAAUAGUACUAACGAAAGAACUGGACGGCAUAGAAUUAACAUUACCAAAGGCUACUCGUAAUUUUUAUGUAGAUGGUCAUACACCUAAACCUCAUUGAAGUCACUUGUAUAUGGAUGUUCGUAAGAGACUAUAGAGACGUUUCUAUAUUGUUGAUACAAAUAUUGUUUCAUUAUUUUAUGUUUGUUUUUAAUACAAGCAAUUAUUAUAUGCAAUAAGUCCAUUAAAAUGCUAUUAAAUUAAAUAAUGUCAUUUAAAACCUUACAAUAUAUAUAUUUUUUUAAACUUUA